AUGAUACGAGAAUUUUACGAUAGUUCGGAUGAAGAUGACAUGGAUAAACAGUAUCAGAUAGAUCAGGAAUGCUUGGUGACUCGGCCGGACUGCGACAUGCAUAACCGGUGCUGUGGUGGUAAAGCGUGGUGCAUCAGGGACAUUUGUGGUAUAAUUUGUGCAGUUUUAACAUGGCUCUUGAUACUGUAUGCGGAAUUCGUAGUGAUGAUGGUGAUGCUUCUGCCAGGCCUCUCCACAUACCCAGUGUAUAGUUACAUUAACAUAUUCAUAUUCCAAAGCCUGGCCUUCCUGGCAUUCGCUUCUCAUCUCAGGACUAUGUUUACCGAUCCCGGUGCCGUUCCUAAAGGCAAUGCGACAAAGGAAAUGAUAAAGCAGAUGAGUUUUCGAGAGGGUCAGGUGAUAUUCAAGUGCACCAAGUGCUGCAGUAUUAAGCCAGAACGUGCACAUCACUGCUCUGUCUGCCAGCGAUGCAUUAGAAAGAUGGACCACCACUGCCCUUGGGUUAACAACUGUGUCGGGGAGAAUAAUCAAAAAUAUUUCGUAUUAUUCACCUUUUACAUAGCGGCGAUAUCGAUCCACGCGGUGGGUCUCGCUGUGUACCAGUUCGUGACGUGCAUCCGACAUGAGUGGCGAGACUGCAGUGCCUACUCGCCGCCCGCCACCGUCGUGUUACUGCUGUUCCUGAUCGCGGAAGCAUUACUAUUCGCCAUUUUCACCGCCGUUAUGCUAGGCACUCAGUUACAUGCCAUAUGGAACGAUGAGACUGGCAUAGAGCAGCUGAAAAAGGAACAAGCUCGAUGGGUUCGCAAAUCACGAUGGAAGAGUAUUCAGUCGGUAUUCGGCAGGUUCUCCAUCCUUUGGUUCUCACCAUUCACUCAGCCUUCACCCAAGACGAAAUUGGAAAGCUAUCUCUAUAGUGUUUAG